CGCCGAUUGCGCGCGCCAGGACAAAUCCUCCGAACCUGCCCUAAAGACACACUGGGGUCUUAUUGUUAGAGGAGCAGAGUGGGGUCCCGCACGUGAAUGAUACUUACAAAGAGAGAUGAAAUGUGGAUGCCACGUAACAACAUUUGAAACCCAGAAAUGCAUGACAACAAUAGACGGACGUGCAUUGAAAAGACCUUGAUCUAGGAUGGCACUGCAAAAUGGAGAUGCACGUCCUAUAAGGGCAAUUUCUGCAUUUGUUAAGCAACAGUUAAUUUAUUAGGAAAUGGAUGAUCUUGUAAAUUCCUGAUACACACCUAUCCUUUGCAAGACACAGCACAUCCAAACCUUGCUCUGGAGUGCACUUCCAACCAUGGAUCUCCUUUGGGUACUAUUGUCCAUGCUGACUACAUGUUUGGCAAUAAAUAUGGAAGCUACUGGGAGCCAUAGCAUGUUCACCUGUGAACCUAUCACAUUAAGGAUGUGCCAGGGCCUUUCCUACAAUACCACCUUCAUGCCCAACCUUCUAAAUCACUAUGACCAGCAGACCGCUGCUCUCGCAAUGGAGCCAUUUCAUCCUAUGGUAAACCUCGAGUGCUCCACAGAAAUACGGCCAUUCUUGUGUUCCCUUUAUGCACCCGUGUGCACUGAGUAUGGCCGAGUGACCCUGCCAUGUCGACGCCUGUGCCAGCGUGCCAAGAGUGAUUGCUACAAGCUCAUGGACAUGUUUGGGGUCAGCUGGCCAGAGGAGAUGGAGUGUAACAGGUUUCCAGAAUGUGAUGAGUCUUACCCUCGAGCUAUAGACUUACUCCCCAACUCUGACAGCACAGAUGAAUCGCCAUCAUCUGUUCAACGGGACUAUGGCUUCUGGUGUCCACGAGAGCUGAAGAUCAACCCAGAGUUGGGCUACUCAUUCAUGGGUGUGCGUGACUGCUCGCCUCCUUGCCCAAACAUGUACUUCCGCAAAGAUGAGCUCAUCUUCGCCCGCUAUUUCAUUGGCGUUAUCUCCAUUGUCUGCCUGUCAGCCACACUCUUCACCUUCUUGACCUUCCUUAUCGACGUUAGGCGUUUCCGUUACCCUGAGCGGCCCAUCAUCUUCUAUGCCGUCUGCUACAUGAUGGUGUCCCUGGUUUUCUUCCUGGGCUUCCUACUGGAGGAUCGUGUGUCGUGUAAUUCUGCAAGCUCGGGUCGAUUCCGUGCCUCUACCAUCACCCAGGGCUCUCACAACAAAGCUUGCACGCUCCUCUUCAUGACACUCUACUUCUUCACCAUGGCGGGCAGCGUUUGGUGGGUCAUACUUACCAUCACCUGGUUCCUGGCUGCUGUUCCCAAAUGGGGGAGCGAGGCUAUUGAAAAGAAGGCUUUGCUAUUCCAUGCAGUGGCCUGGGGAGUUCCAGGGGCCCUCACCAUCACCCUCAUGGCCAUGAACAAAAUCGAGGGCGACAGCUUGAGCGGUGUUUGCUUUGUGGGGCUCUACGACCUAAUGGCUUUAUGCUGGUUCCUCUUGGUGCCUCUUGCGCUGGAUGUGGUUGUGGGUGUGGUGCUGUUAUUAACAGGCAUCGCAGCACUGAAUAGGGUCCGCAUGGAGAUUCCUUUGGAGAAAGAGAACCAGGACAAAUUGGUGAAGUUCAUGAUCCGGAUUGGCGUGUUCUCUGUGUUGUAUCUGGUGCCUCUGCUGACAGUAAUUGGCUGUUAUCUAUAUGAGCAGAGCAACAGAUCAGUGUGGGAGACUACCUGGGUACAGGAGCACUGCAGAGAGUACCACAUCCCCUGCCCGCUUAAGGUGGAACAGAAAAGCAGGCCUGAUAUCGCCUUAUUUCUCAUCAAGUACCUGAUGAUGCUGGUGGUGGGCAUCCCAUCAGUGUUUUGGGUUGGCAGUAAAAAGACGUGCUUUGAAUGGGCCAGUUUCUUCAGUGGGCAUCGCAGAAAAGAGGCAUUAACCUCCUCUCCUUCCCCUUGUUCCACCCCCUCUUCCCUCGUUCACUUGCCCUCUGUCUUCCCACUCUCUCUUCCUUCAAUCCUCCGCCGCUCCCUUCCCUAUGUACCAACCUUUUCCCUGUCCCUCUCCCUUUCUGUCACCCCCACUCCCCCUGUCUCUACCACCCUCAGCAGUACGGUGCAUGAGAGCAGGCAGGUGCUGCAGGAGCCUGACUUCACCCAGCUGCUCCUCAGAGACCCCAACAACCCAGUGGUGAGGAAGUCCAGAGGCACCUCGACACAGGGCACCUCCACCCACGCCUCCUCCACGCACCUCGCCAUGCUGGACGAGCCCCCAAGUGCAAGCACCAGCCGUGCGGGCAGCAUGCGCAGCAAGGCCAGCAGCUACCAUAGCAGCCUGCAUCGCUCACGAGACGGCAGACACACAGCCUGCAGUUUCCAUGGAGUUGAAGAGCGUCUCCCUCACGGGAGCACCCUACGCCUUAAUGAUCAGCUUCAGCGCUAUGGCAUCGACCGCAUUGACAGCCAUUCACGGCAUGGCAGCCUGCAGCGCCUGGAGAGCCAAUCACGGCACGGCAGCAUGCGUGACCUCAGCACCACAGCGCAAGCUAUCCAAAGUGGCCCUGGCAAUGGCAUUCACCGUGUCAUUGAGGAGGAUGCAACUAAGGCGUAAACUUUAAUGUAUCACCAAACAGGGAGCUACCAAAUGCGUGAAGACAUGGAGAUGGGGAAUUCACAUGGACUUUUCUGCCACUAAGUUUGAUUGAUGCAUUCAGCAGACUCUUUUAUACAAAUAGACUUAUUGUGCAUUCAAGCUAAACAUUUGAUCAGUAUGUCCAUUCCCCCAGCAAUCAAACCCAUGACCUUGGCAGUUGUAGCAGGUGCUCUACCAGUUGAGCUACUGGAGCAGAAAAUGUUAGAUAAUGAGAAGGGACUUCAUUAAUUCAUUUAUUCAAACAAGACAUUCAAUCAAAGGUUGCCAAGUUCAAUUAUGGUGGAUGCCAAACACUUGAAAUACUUCCAUGUACUGUGAUUGAUGGUGAGACAUUCAAAGCUGUUUGGAGCCUCUCUCGUGAAAGUGUUCCUACAUAAACAGGGUUAAACGUAAGGGCUUUUGAUGCAUCAUCGUUCUGUGAUGUUUUGAAGCUAUUGCUGCUUUUUGUUCCACGUUUUAACUCUUGUGUGUCAAUUUUAAAAAGUUACUCGGAGGUCCUUAGUGUACAAAAAUGUCAGCGUCAAACUACCAAAUAUUCUUUCAUUUUCAGGAUUUUAACCCUUUAAAUGCCAGUUUGUUUAUAUAAUGCCACUGCUGUUUUUUAUGAAAAAAACAAAAUUAUAAUUAUUUCCCAUAUA